AUGCCGAGCGACAUCUACCAAGCCGAUCCGCCACGCCGGCCGCUUCCGGAGGAGGCCCGGGAGCACGACCGACAGCAGCAACUCGAGAACGGAACCGGCCCGCUCCUAUCCUCCGGCAGGCCACGGACUGCCACCGCUGACACGGCCGAGAUUGAUGAGACACUGAGCCACCCAGGUUCAGUCCGCAUCAACGUCAAGGGCGCCUUCAUCGUCGACCAAGACACAGCAACCCCCACUACCCCGGAUGGCCGCAGUGGAUCCCCCGGCCGUCACGAGACAAAGGACAUCCGGCUACCAAACCACACCGCCGUGGUCAGCCAUAUUGCAAUUGAUAUUGGUGGCUCUCUUGCCAAGCUUGUCUACUUCUCCCGCGAAGCGCACUCGACCGAGCCAGGAGGACGGCUCAACUUUGCCAGCUUCGAGACGGACCGCAUUGACGACUGCCUUGAGUUUGUGCGAGGCCUCAAGAAUAAGCACCUGGAGCUGAACGGCGCUGCCAGCAAUGGCCGCGGCUCAUCCGGGCGCCUCCCCGGCGACCUGUGCGUGAUGGCGACAGGGGGAGGGGCUUACAAGUUCUACGACAACAUCCGCGAAGUGCUCGGGGUGGAUGUGCUGCGGGAGGAUGAGAUGGAAUGUUUGAUUAUUGGGCUCGACUUCUUCAUCACCGAGAUUCCCCGCGAGGUCUUCACUUACUCCGAGACGGAUCCCAUGCACUUUGUCGAGCCCUCGGAGAACGUCUACCCCUACCUCCUCGUCAACAUCGGCUCGGGCGUCUCCUUCCUCAAGGUCCACGGCCCGCGCAAGUACGAGCGUGUCGGUGGUACAUCUUUAGGCGGCGGCACCCUGUGGGGCCUGCUCAGCCUGCUCACGGGGGCGCGCACUUUCGACGAGAUGCUGGAUCUCGCCUCGCAAGGUGAUAACGCCAAGGUGGACAUGCUCGUCGGCGACAUCUACGGCACUGACUACGGCAAGAUAGGGCUCAAGAGCACCACCAUUGCCAGCUCCUUCGGCAAGGUCUUCCGCAAGAAGCGGCAAGCCGAGCAAGAAGCCGAGGACAGCGGCGGCCAGCGACACAAGGACCAGCAACACCACCACCAGCAGCACCUGGACCACCCCCCGUCGUCACCCUCCGAGCACUCCGAACCACCACACCCAGAAUUCUCCCACGACGAAUCCAGCCCCUUCAGCGCCGCCGACAUCUCCGUCUCCCUCCUCUACGCGAUAUCUAACAACAUCGGCCAGAUCGCCUUCCUGCAGUCGCAGAUCCACGGCCUCUCCCACAUCUACUUUGGGGGCUCCUUCAUCCGCGGCCACCCACGGACCAUGAACACCCUCAGCUACGCCAUCAAGUUCUGGUCCAAGGGCGCCAAGCAGGCCUAUUUCCUGCGCCACGAAGGGUACCUCGGCGCCGUCGGCGCGUUCCUCAAGAGGCAGCCCAUGAACUGGGGGCGGCGCGGCAGCUUUGACGAGCUGGCUGUGCCGUUGGAGUUGAAGCAGCGCGUGGAGAGGGGGCGGGCAGAGGGGUGUGGGAAUGGGGUCGUAAAUGGGAAUAGAGUUGUGAAUGGUAAUGGGACGGGAAAUGGGGAUGCGAACGGGUAUGAAGUGGCGGCGGAAUGA